UGGAAAAUUCAAUCAAACAGUCAACCAAAAAAAUGGAAGCACUCCAUCUCUUGUGCUCUAUCGUCUCCACCACCCUCACAUCCCUCGCUCUCUCGCUCCUCCUCCUCUUCCGCACUCUCCUCCCCCGGAAAAUCUCUUCACGCGCCGUCCCCUCUACCUCCUCCUCCGCCACAAGCACAGAAGCCGUAUCUCUCUAUGAAGGCACGGUCUGGCACGAGCGCCGCCGCCCCGUCCACCACUCCUUCCGGUACUCAGUACGCUACGCGCUUUUUGACCUCGACUGCUCGCCUCACGCGCCUCCUGACCACCUCUCCGCGAACCAAGCUCGCCAAAUUGCCGCGACUACCGGACCCAUUUUGCUCUUGACAAUACCUCCCAGCGUGGGAUAUGAGCAAAACCCAUUGAGCUUGUAUUACUGCUAUGAUGUUGAAGGCUCUACUCAGUGUUUGAAGAAGUGCAUUGCCGAGGUAACAAACACACCAUGGGGUGAACGAGUCUCAUUUGUUUUCAAUCCGAAUACUGAUUUAGUGGCAAAGCCAUUACAUGUCAGUCCCUUUAUGGAUAUGCUUGGGACAUGGAGAAUCAGGGCAAAUGCUCCUGGAGAGAAUCUAUAUGUGGCUAUUUCUGUUCAACACCCCAAGCUUGGUGACUAUUUCACAGCUACCUUGAAAGCAAAAAGAGUGCCCUCAUCAUUAGUAUCUGAUCAUGCUAUGUUCUUCUGGCUGAUGCCUCACAUGGUUGCAGUGUGGAUUUACUGGCAUGCUGUUAAGCUAUGGUGGAAAAAUGUGUCAUUUCUCCAACACCCAAGGUACACUAACCCUGCAUAUAGAGAGGAAGCUGUGAUACGUGAUCAAAAACUUCAACGCUGUCCGAUAAUUGGAUCAGACAAAGACGAAUAUCUGCAAGAUGAAGGAAGUGAUCAAGGAUGCUUGCCUGAUAGAAAUUGCGAGAUUCGUCAGUUCACUUGGAGAGAUGCUAAGUGGCCUUGGUCUUGAAUAUUGAGGAAAGUUGUUUGUUUUGGCAGGUGAUUUAGACGGUAGUUGGACAUAGAGGCAGACCAGCAACAGACAAUAGUAUAUCCUUAGUUUCAACUCGAUCUCAAGCCUAAGAUUCAUCACUAUUCAUGCACGUGGUCGGCGGCUCGUAACUUUUUUCUACAAGUAAUUGAGCACAGUCGUUUAAUUUGAAGCUUCUAAUUAUUAUCUGUGAGAAGAUUAUGAUACGAUUUGCUCAACAAAGAAAAGAUUGUGAUGCGAUUUGCCGGCAAGCAUGUAUUAUAAAUGCAAAGCUGCAAUAUGAUUCGGUAAA